AUGGUGAGUAGUUUUAAGUUGAACUGUGACGCUGCCUUAGACAGCAAAGGAGGAAUAAUGGGGUUUGGCAUUAUUGUGCGUGAUUGGGUAGGGAAGGUUUUUACUGCUAAAAUUUUUUCUCAAAAUGGAGCUCUGGAACCCACUGCAGCAGAAGCUAUGGCCGUGUUCUAUGGGGUCAAAUUUUGCCAAGAAAAUGGUCUACAUAAGAUAAUUAUUGAAAGUGAUGCAAAUCGGGUUACAACAGCCAUCCAAAACCGUGGAGGAAAAACAUGCAGAUUUGGACAUUUAAUGGAUGAUAUCUUAUUGAUAUUGGGUUCUUUUCCUUCGGAGGUCCGUCAUGUGAAGCGGAAGGCUAAUAAAGCAGCUCAUGGUUUAACUCGGGCGGCAAUUAAACAAGUCAUUGAUGCUAUUUGGGUGGAAGAAAUUCCUCCUUGUAUCCGUAAUAUUGUUUUGACAGAGUUCUCUGCUCUUUGA